AUGGUAGCAGUGGAGGCUGCUUUAACAAGAAAGUUUAGUGAAUGCCUCACAAAGCACAAAACUUUGAGUGAUCUUAACAAAGAGUGUGAAUCCAAACUACAGGAGCUUGUUGAUGAUCCAAAAGGUCUUUUGGGUCCUGUUGAACCCACUUUGGAAAACUUUGGCAGCAUUACUGCCCCAAGACUGAAAGCCUUCAUUCAUGUCAGAACCUUCCCUACUUAUACUACUGACAAAGGACCCAAAGACUGGGCUGGGUGGCCUAAGAAGUCAUCGGCUGCUGAAGCUGCCAAUGGAGAUCGAUGUUUGGUGAGACUUGCUUAUGACUGCAGAGACAAACCUUGUAUUAUGCAGAAGCCAGUCAAACCGGUAAAGGCAAUGCCACAGCAGCUCAGGCAUCUAUCAGCUACAAUUAUCAGAUCCAGCACAUUGACAUUUCAUUCUGAUGUGUAUACACUUGCUUCUUCUCUUUUAGCAGAUGAUACUUGGAGAGUCAAACUCAUUGCUGCCUACCGGCUUGAUAGUGAGACUACAGUUACUAUUACAGAGAGCAGCCUUGGGAGGGCUGACUACCUUCAAAAGAGACUCAUCAAACGGCUUAAGUUGGGUCAUGUGUCGGCAAUAUUGAUACUCUUUGGGUAUGUCAAGGAUGACCUGGAAUGUUUGGAUGAAACAGCCUGUUUCCUACUCGACAAUCCUGCUCUAUUCCGUUUGGUCACAGAAGAGUUUGAGGAGGAUGGUGUAUACAUGUACUGGGAUACCAACAAUAUGCAGUGGAUUAGGGUCGGCAUGGUAGCUCUUCGCAAAUUUUGGCUGCGAUUUGUUGAGCACAGCAAAAUGGCACAACUCAAAAGUGGAGAAUCUGGAGCAUUCUAUAAUGCCUAUCCCUCCAAAUAUGCCAAGAAGACUGUUGACCCAGCUCUUCGACGAGGUUAUCAUGAGAAUCUAAGGCAAUACAUUGCAUUGGGCUAUCCACUAGCCAAAGAUGUGAAGGAUCUUGUAGAUGUGUUUGGUCUCAAGGCAGCAGACAAUCGGUGGAUCAAAUCAAUGCGCUAUAGGACAAAAAAUGGACAAGCUAUUCAGCUAGCUGAUCAGCAACGACGUGCCAUGCAUUACCUUAUGGAAUGUGGAUUGAAGCUUUGUCUUGCUCUUGCUUGUGACAUUUCUGUAAAUGCUGGCUGGGAACAGGCAACUGGAUGCUAUGGUAAGGAUUAG